AUGGAGAGGUGGGAGGAGUCCGGAAGUCCUGGGUCGAGUCUGAGUCCUCCGAUUCUACCAGCGGUCGCUCGCAGGCGAACAGCAGCUGCUUUUCUUCUUCUUGACUCGCCCGGAGAAGAUGAGCAGGCUUUACUGACUCUUUGUAAUCAAGGACACGAUGAUGCCCAGACAGUUCCCGGCCACAAGCACCGGCUAGCUUCAAGUUUCAGCGGUCACGGAAGCCACUCUGACGAAGCGAAGGCUGUCGCCGGAGAUCUGGGCCAGUUCCUUCAUGACCCAUCAAAGAUCGCAGAUGCUUCUGCAUGGGCCAAGCUGAUGACCGACGUAGCCGUGGUGGCAAACUUCGGCGCAUUGAUUCUGACGUUUCUAGGGGCCGCCUACCAUGCGUACGGCUAUGUCCAACUCCGCAAUGCCCAGAAACAGGCAUCUCGCUCGCAAGGAGGAGGCGGAGGCAGGUGGGCAGAAGGCUACUCGUACCCUGGCCGCGGCCGCUCGAAGCUCCUGUUGAGGUUCCACGGCUACGUUGACUUCAAAGACUUGGCUGCUCAUGGCGAGUUCACCAAGGCAGUUGAACGGCAGCAUCACGAUUCCAUCGGCAACAUGCGGCAUCUGAGAAGUAUCUUCGAAGAGGUCCGGCCCAUCACUGAUGCGAUCCAUGGCAAAGUUAUCCAGUACCGCUGGAGGGCCCCUCACCAGGAGAAGCUUUGUGAAGCCAAGAGCCAAGGGCAAACUCCGAAGAGCAAGGUUACCCAGAACCGAGGUCGUUUCACAAACGUGCGGACCUCGCUGCAACAGAACCCGAAGCAUCCGGAUAACCCUCAUCCGGAGGAUGCACUCACCGAAAUUGGGGUGCUCUCCUACUUGAGGCUUCAGUCGAAUGUGCCCGUCUAUUUGCUUAGAAUGCUGGGAGCUUUCUGCGAUGAUACGCAUACGCUUCUGGUGACAGAGUGGGUCUCAGAUGGCGAGCUCUUCAACCACGUGGCGAGCGGUCGUCUGGGCACGGAUGAAGGAGUGGUGAGAGGUCUCAUGUGGCAGCUCUUUCACGGGACCAACUUCCUCCAUGCACAUGACAUUGGCCACAGGGACAUCUCACUGGAGAAUGUCCUCGUCUCUUUUGACAGGACAAAGAGGGACCAGUACCACCUUCGACUGAUGGAUUUCGGACAAGCUGUGAGAACCCGCUCAGCCUGCAGGAGUGUCUUCCUGAGGUACUUCCGGCCAGCUGGCAAACCCUACUACAGGGGCCCAGAGGUCUAUAUUCCCGGCGAGAAUCCCCAGGUACAUGUGCGCUGCCCUGCAACUGCGCAGGGAGGUGAUGUUGUUUUCGUCGACAACCUCAAACGGGAUGGGAGACCAGAUGGCUAUCGAAACGAGGUGCGGCUGCCACCGGACGCGAUUCCUGGGCAGAUUUGCCUAGCCGACACUUGGGGCUACGAGGUGCCACCGCUGGACGUGUUCGCCCUCGGCGUUUGCUUUUUCAUCCUUGCUUGGCAAGUGCCACCUUGGAGUCGAGCCCUGCCUCUAGACGCUACUUUCAUGUAUGUCCAGCAGCAUGGAAUUCCACCACUUCUCAACGCCUGGCAUAAGAGACACCUCUCGCCGGAGGCGAUGAAACUUGUGAAGGAGAUGGUUGCGGCCGAUCCGCGCCAGAGGCCGUCAGUGCAGGAUUGUCUAGCAUCUGCGUGGUUAGUCCCACUGCGAAAUGAUCCAGCUCAGUCCUUGAAGGGGCUUCGUUGCUGCGUGCCCACGCACCCUGCAGCGGCCACCGAGCACGGAGGUGCUGCUUCGUCAACUGUUCCUGCGGAUGAUAUGGUGACCGAAAUGGCUCGGAUGGACUUGGGCGCACUCUGCACCACAAGCGUGAUGCCGGUGAAAAGGUCGGCUUUUCCUCGGAUUCAGGCUUUUUGGUAUCAAGGCCUUGCAUGUUUCAUGCCAGUUGCGUUAGGCUGCGGACUCUUCGUGCGUGGAUCUCAGCUCAAGCAUUCCUUGGCUAGCGCGCUGCCUUGA